CGGAUGCUGGCGUCAUCACCUGGCUGGCUCUCGCUUUGAAGACUUUGCGCUGAGCUUUUUCAAUUCGGUCCGGCUGCUCCACGCUUGAUUUUGUUCGCCUUCGUGUCACUCCCAUCGCGUGCGACGUUAUUGUGAUGUGGCACUUGGAUUUUGUUUGCUUUGUGUCAUCGCCCCAUCUCGCAUCAACACUCUUGUCACUCUUUGUGGAAAGAAUUGCUGUUAUUAACGUCUCAAAUAGAACAGAAGAGGAUGAGGAAUCCACUUGGUGUACUAUAAAUGGAACAGAUCUCCACAGCCUUCCGGGCAAUUACAGUGACUUGUCGGUGACAGGAGAUGAUGAAGGCAUAUUUGGAGUGGACUCUCAGUUUCUUUAUGCUCUAAAACCACUGGAUCGAGAAAAGCAGCCAUCCUACUCGCUGCAGGUGUCCUUCAGAAUGUCAGGGCAGCGCCAAAGCUUCACGGUCGAAGUGUGCGUCAUCGACAAGAAUGACAACGUGCCCGCGUUCAUUCAGGAGAGCAUGCGGGGCAGCGUGCAGCUGGGCCUUCUCAAAGGGAUACCCUUCAUGCAGGUUGAGGCGCUCGAUCGGGAUGACCGCAACACCGCCCACGCCGAGCUGCGUUUCCGCCUAAUGGAGCAGACGCCCAGAAUCCCCUCCCCGCAGAUGUUCUUCAUUGACUCCAUCACCGGAGAGGUUUCCCUCACUGAGGACGGAGCUUCAACACUGGACCCCGAGAUGUGCGGCAGAUAUAAACUAUCAGUGAUGGUAAAGGACAUGGCUGGGAAAUCGAACGCUUUCUUCACCACUGGCAUUGUCACCGUUGAAGUGACGGGGAAUACUUGGGCAUCGCCAGAUCCCGUACGAUUGCAGGAGAAUCUCCCGGGCCCAUAUCCCAUCGCCAUUUCCCAGGUGAAAUGGAGUGGAAGUCAAGCAGAGUACAGUCUCGAGGGGGAAUUUCCAGAAAUGCUCUUCACCAUCAGCCGAGAAGGAAUCAUUUAUCUCAACGCGCCGCUGGACAGAGAAACACAAGACCAGUUCCUCAUCAGCAUCGUGGUGGAGCGUCCGGAUGGCCAAGAGAUUGCCAAGCCGGUGGAGUUAAGAGUCAUGGUGGGUGACGCCAAUGACAACCGACCCACGUUUCCUCAGGCGCAGUACCACACCGUGGUCAAGGAACUGGCUGCUCGAGGAACAGAGAUCUUGACCGUUCAGGCAGCCGAUAAUGACGAUCCCAAGACGGAUAACGUGCGGAUCUUCUACCGCUUGGUUGGCCAAAUCCCAGAGAGCCCCCGCGCUCUGUUCAGAGUGGACCGGGACUCGGGUGUCAUUUCGGUCCAAGCGGACAGCAUGGAGGGAACCGCACCGCAGUACACGCUCACCAUCACCGCUGAAGAUGCAAAAGGUCUGAACAGUUCCUGUACUGUGGUGGUGACAGUGCAAGACGAAAACAACAACGCACCGGUCUUCUCCCAACAUGAGUAUGGACCUUUCCACAUCUCUGAGGAUGCUCCAGUAGGCACCACGGUAACAGCUGUGCUGGCAAGCGAUACUGAUGUUCGAGGAGGUGACAGCUGGCAAGUGAAUUAUCAUUUGGAAUCUGGAAACGAGGAAGAAGUCUUCUCAUUACUGAUGGACAGGCAGACCAACGAGGUUUCACUUGUCCUUUCAAAGGUCAUUGACUUUGAGCGUGAGAGUGAAUACAUCCUCGUUCUAAGUGCCCAGAACCCAGUUGCUCUGGUCCGGGGCCGGUAUGGUCCUUCAUCAACGGCAACUGUAUCGAUCUAUGUUGACGACGUAAAUGAAGGUCCAGUUCUAUCUCAAAGCCAUUAUGAGGUGACUGUCAGAGAGGGCGAAGAACCAGGGCGGGUUAUCGCCACUAUCCGAGGCUAUGACCCUGACUCGCAUCCUAUCAGAUAUUCUCUCCAGGGGGACACCAAGAAGUACUUUUCAAUUGGUAAAUACUCAGGUGAGCUGAAGACGGUGCAAGCAUUGGACAGAGAGGAGAACAGUACAUACACCAUGGAAGUCAUUGCAGUGGAUGGACGUAACUCUUCCUUAUCCGCCUCAACUUUGGUCACGGUGCAAAUUCUGGAUGUGAAUGACAACAGUCCAGUGUUGGUGGGUGACUACUCGUGGAAGUACUUAUGUACCCCUCGCUGGGAAGAGCAAGCGCUGGUGCUGGCCUCGCGCGACAGCGACGGGCCGCAGCACGGAGGAAGACUCAACUUCUCGCUAAGGAGCGACGCGACAGUACGACGCAACUGGAAGCUCACGCCCAUCAAUGAUACUCACACGAACCUCUCGUUGAACACACCAUAUCUGGCCCCCGAGGUUUAUACUGUGCCCUUCACCAUCUCUGACAGCAGCUCUCCUCCAAGGAGCACCUUCAUAAACUUACCAGUGACAGUGUGUCCUUGCAACAUCAGGGGGAGCUGCAAAAUGGCAGCCAAGCAGCUGCAGGGCAUGCCAACCAUCCAGUCUGCGGUGGGCACUCUGCUCGGCACGUUUGCGGUCAUCGGAACCAUCCUCGUUGUCGUAUUUGUGCGACUGUCAUACCAGAACCCCAAACAGCCGGGUAACACAAACCAGGAAAGAGUUCCCUUGAAAAUGUCCAUCUGAACGUGUCCAAUGCGCUGAUGGAACCGCUCUGCUUACUGAAAGUCAUGCUCCAGUUCAAGUUCUGUUGUUGUGUAGAGGAUUUGCCACGUCAUAACUAUGUUUAGCUUUUAAGUUGACCUGUGUUUGAGCUAUGAUGCUAUUUUUUUUUUUUGUUGUAUUUCAUGUCAUUUUAGGUGUCGUUUGCACUUGUGCCUUCUUUACACUGCAAAUUUGUCAAAUGUAGGAAUAGCCACGGUUUCUUUUUCACGUUAGUCCUUGCCUUGUGAAAGAAUAGAUUGUUGUAAAACCAUCAUCAGAUUAACGGAGAAUAAGAUUCAACACAA